CUUUCUGCUUGUAUAGGAGCUCUGAGUGGAUGAAGCUCAUUAUUCUGAUGCUUUCACACAGCAUAAGAUGGGAUUUACUUUAACUGACAGACACGGCUUGCUUCUCUUUUUACUGCAGUUAGCGUCUUUGCUUCGAGCAGUGAGCUCUGCAGGGGCAUGUGAGACCGUGUUUAAGGGUUUCUCAGACUGCUUGCUCAGCCUUGGAGAAAAUAUGGUGAACUAUCCUCAGGACCUGGACGACCUGGAAAACCUGCACACUGUCUGCUCAUACUGGAGCGAUUUUCUCUCGUGCACCUCUGCUGCAGUUGCAGAUUGCCAAGACGAAGCAGUGGAGCUUUGGGAAAAACUCAAAGUGUCAUCCGGGAGUCUGAACUACCAGGGAAGUCUGUUUCAACUGUGCUCUAAAGAUAAUGGAGCAUCAGUACUGGGUUUUACACUGGAACUUACAGUUUGGGCCAUGACUCUCUCCAGACUGGUGGUGUGGGUCAUUUUUGAAUGAAAACACCACCAUGGUUAGGAAAGAAAUGCAAAAUAGAUUGUAAUAUACUGGAUGAUGUCAUUCUUUAGCACUGUUAAACCUGAAACUCAAGCCAUAUAUGUCCAUAUUGCUAUAGCAUUUUUGUAAAAUUGAAUUUUAAAUAAAAACAAAUUAUUGUUUUUAUUUAAAAAAUGCAAAUCUCAUGUAAUUGCAGAAAACUCUGGAUUGGUGAUAUUUCAUAAACAUCAAGAUGCUCAAGAUGCUCAUUGUAUCUCUUUUGUGAAAUGAUUUUGAUUAGAAUUAGGACUAGGGCUACACAUUAAUACAAAAAUCUCAGGAAGAAUUUUGCAUUUUAACCUACCUUUUUAUAUAAAACCUUUAAACAGCUUAUACAAAUGCGCUGAAUUCUUCAAUCUGAUUGGUUAAAAGGUGUUAAUUAAUUUUCUAUAAGAGCAGCUGCAAAUCACACAUUUAUAUUAAUGCCCCCAUUCUAAUAUGUUAUCGUUUUUAUAGCAACAACCUAUACAGGGACUUGUAUGGCAAAUGCUUCACAUAAGAUUAAUAAUAAAUGGAUUAAAAAAUGAGUUGUUAACAAAGAAAAAUGUAAAAUGAUUGAUAUGGUAAGGUUUUUGGAAGGAGUCUCCAGUGUCAGUGCUUUGUAACAGUCAGUACGUUUUCUGCUUUGUGGUUUCUUGAAGAGAGAGACAAAGGAGAAGCUGGUGAGGGAAUGACUGUUUAUAGGUGCUAUAAUGUAAGUGAUAACAUUAUCACUAAUUACUAACUUGCUUUCCUGAGUCACAUUA